AUAUAGUGAUGCAGUCUGGGAUACGGAUAUAGUGGAAUGCAGGGUCCGGGGAGAGCGGAUAUAGUGAAUGCAGGUCCGGGGAGAUCGGAUAUAGUGAAUGCAGGGUCCGGGGAGAGUUGGAUAUAGUGAAUGCAGGGUCCGGGGAGAGCAGAUAUAGUGAAUGCAGGGUCCGGGGAGACCAGAUUUAGUGAAGCAGGGUCCGGGGGAGACCAGAUAUAGUGGAUGCGGGGUCCGGGGAGAUCGGAUAUAGUGGAUGCGGGGGUCCGGGGAGAGCAGAUAUAGGGAAUGGCAGGGUCCGGGGAGAGCAGAUUUAGUGAAUGCAGGUCUAAGGAGACCAGAUAUAGUGAAUGCAGGGUCCGGGGAGAGCGGAUAUAGUGAAUGCAGGGUCCGGGGAGACCGGAUAUAUAGUGAAUGCGGGGGUCCGGGGGAGAGCGGAUAUAUAGUGAAUGCAGGGUCCGGGGAGAGAGGAUAUAGUGAAUGCGGGGUCCCGGGGAGAGAGCGAUAUAUAGUGAAUGCAGGGUCCGGGGGAGACCAGAUAUAGUGAA